AAAGGAAUUUAAUUGUCCAAGUUUCGUAUGUGUAAAAUUAUAAUCUGUGAUUGUUAUGAUGAAUAAAGAAUGGCGGACGUUGUCAUAUUGAAAUACUUGUUCACAUUUUUACUUUUAAAUGCUUGCCAGGCAGGUCUGUCAGGUUUUGAUAACUUGGAACAAGUUGGAACUGCAGGCAUACCGGCAGACAAUCAUGUCAAAGAUGACCAAAUGCCAGUUGAGAAAAAGAAUAUGGUACAGCAGCCCAGGUUCAAGUGUCACGUGUGCGAAUCUGUCGAGUGCGGCGACAGCGCCGCGACAGUCGCGCCGCCGGCGUGCAGCUCGGCGCUGUACUGCUACAAGUCGACGGUGCGCGCGGCGGACGGCGCGCUGCAGCACUCGCGCGGCUGCGUCACGCACAGCGACCAGCACCAGCUGACGUGCUACAACAACCGCAACCAGCAGCUCAACAUCUCGUGCUGCCAGGGCGACCUGUGCAACGACGGCGGCUUCCCCGCGCUGGCGCCGCCCGACAUGGACGUGGAGCCGCUGGCGUCCGGCGCCUGGAAGCUGUGGCUCAGCGUGCCGCUGUCCGUGCUGGCCGUCAGCCUGGUCGGCGUGCUGGCGGUGUUCGCGCUGCGCAGGAGCCACCGGUUACGCGUGUCGCGCGCCGCACAGAAGCUGGGCGCAGACUCCAAUUACUUCCCCUCUAUGUACAGCCAGCACGUCACCAGCGCAUACUACGAAGGUGUGGAAGGGUCACAGAACGGCGGAGGGCUGCACGCGGUGGCGGCCGGCGACUCCACGCUGCGGGAGUACCUGGAGUGCUCCGUCACCAGCGGCUCGGGCUCCGGCCUGCCGCUCAUGGUGCAGCGCACGCUCGCCAAGCAGGUCACGCUCAUCGAGAGGAUCGGCAAGGGGCGGUACGGCGAGGUGUGGCGCGGCUCGUGGUACGCCGACAGCGUGGCUGUGAAGAUCUUCUUCUCGCGCGACGAGGCCAGCUGGCGCCGCGAGACGGAGAUCUACAGCACAGUGAUGCUGCGCCACGACAACAUCCUCGCCUACGUCGGCAGCGACAUGACCAGCAGGAACAGCUGCACGCAGUUGUGGCUGAUAACGCACUUCCACCCGCUGGGCUCGCUGUACGAGCACCUGAGCCGCAGCACGCUGACGCGCCACCAGAUGAUGCUCAUCUGCCUCUCCAUCGUCAACGGGCUGCUGCACCUGCACACCGACAUACACGGCACGCAGGGUAAACCGGCAAUCGCGCACCGGGACAUAAAGUCCAAGAACAUCCUGGUGAAGGUGAACGGCGAGUGCUGCAUCGCGGACCUGGGGCUGGCGGUGACGCGCCAGCACGUGGCGGCCGAGCUCACGCACAACCCGCGCCAGGGCACCAAGCGGUACAUGAGCCCGGAGGCGCUGGACCAGAGUAUGAACGUGCGCUGCUUCGAGGCGUACCGCAAGUGCGACGUGUACGCGCUGGCGCUGGUGCUGUGGGAGGUGACGCGGCGGGUGGCGCCGGCGCGGGAGCACCGCGCGCCCUUCAGCGAGCUGGCGCCCGCCGACCCCAGCUUCGACGACAUGCGCAAGAUCGUGUGCACCGACAACGCGCGCCCCGCGCCGCCCGACGACCCGCACCCGACGAUGGUGGGCAUGGCGAGCCUGAUGCGCGAGUGCUGGCACCAGAACGCGUCGGUGCGGCUGCCGGCGCUGCGCAUCAAGAAGACGCUGCUGAAGCUGGCCGCCGCCGACUGCGCCGUGCGCCUGCAGCACGACGACGAGGUGUACGUGUGAACUGGCGCCCGCUGCUGGCCACUGGUGACCACUGGUGACCACUGGCGACGACUGGUGAUUUACUGUCCGCUGGUUCCCUUGAGGACGAACCCAGGGAGGGCAACAGAGAACGACAUAGUUAUUGUCGAUAUUACAUUGUUUGUUGAACUACCCGCAUACGGACAGUAUUGUCAAUAAUAUACUCAGAGGCACAAUUAUCCACCCACUUAAAUAUGAUGCGAGUGUAUUGAAGUGGGCGGAUAAUCGUGCCUCUGAGCAUAUAUCUACGAAUACAAUUGACAGUAUGAACUGUAUUGACAAUAUUAUUGUGUUUAUGAAGGCCUUGGUCGCGUUGUAUGGAUCACAUACAAUCAAGUUAUAUGAAGUGAUUUCUAUGUAUAGCUAUACAUAUAUCUUCCAAGUUAGUGAUUUUAAUGGUAUUUUGACGAAACUAAACUUCAUCAUGGAGUUUCAAGAUUUAACAAUAAAACAUGAGUGUAAUCAUUUUAAUUGCCACUUGAAUAAGUUUUGUUUAUCUCAUACUCAUAACUAAAAAUAAUCUUUGGGAGCCAGUUAAAAAUUAAUUAAUUCUAAAAAGGAAUUUACAACACAGACAGCUGAUAUAUAUUAUACUAUACUCGAAAAUUGAAAAUUACAUCUAAAAUUAUUCAUUUUUAUAGACCUUAUUUGACUCAAUAUGACUAUGUAUUGAGUCAAAUAAGGUCUACAUAAUAUAAAAUUAAAUCAAGUAAAAUUUUAAUAGGUACAAUUGUUGUUCCAGUAAAAUUUAUAAAAGCCAUAUUUGUAAUUUUUAGUGGAAUUUGUACUAUAAACUGAACUCAGCUUUUAAUUUUAAUUCGAGAUCCUUGUCAUUAGAUGCAACUGUGAAAAGUAUAAUGAAUGGCUAAACAGUAAAUAUUAUGAUAAUUGUGCCAUGUAUAGCAUUUUAGAUUUAAGAACUUUAAUUGAUUAAUUUAGUUUUAAUAACCUAUACAUAUGUGUAUUAGGAAAGAUCAAGUAAUCAUGUAAAAUAUCAUGAAAUAGGUAUAAAUAUGACUAGAUAAUGUUUUUAAUAGUCUCAAAAUAUUAGGUGAAGUUUAAUCACUAGAUAGUGUCAGUUGUUGUCAUACAUUAGACACCUCAAUGGAAAGAAAUUGGAAUAUGGGGAUAAAAUAUAGCCUAUAACAUUUGUUUGUGAAUGUAAUAGGCUAUAUUUAAUCCCCUUUUCCAACGGGAACUACGUGAGUAAAACCACUAUAUUAUAUUAAUGUAGCAAAAAAUAAAAAUCAAAUAUACUCUCGUCAAGUAACGCUAUCUAGUGGUAAAUUUAAUCUAGUAGAAAACUUUUUAUAUUUCACUAUAAUUUUGUAAACAUUUUUUUUUACUUUUACGCCAUAUUAGGUUAAAAUAUGUUUAAUUUAGCUCGUAAGAAUUCUAUUGUGUACAUUUUUAGUAGAAACUAACUAUUAAGCUGAUAGAAUUAAAUUGUUAUUUAAGGAUAUUCCAAAUUAUAAUUGUGCACCUUCACAAUUUUAACUUAGAAUAUAUUAUGAUACACAUUAUGUAAAGUGCCGAUUAGCUAUAUAACGUGUAUAUUAGCUAUAUAACGUGUAUAUUAGCAAUGUAAAAUGUAAAUAACAAAUAUUUUUAAGUCCAGUGCAGCUAUGAUUGAGUAUUGUUUUAUUUUAUUGGAAUUAAUCUUUAUUUAAUAUCAUCAUCAUUAUUCAGCCUCUCUUAUUAUUAUAGGAGAUUAGCGGAUCCCUCGAAGUUUCACCUGCAUAUCCUUAGGAACUGAACCUAUGCAGGUAACGGGGAUUAAAUAUACUCGCUGAUAAUAUAGCUUACAGUUGCUGAAAGAAAUAAAAUAGAUCCAGUAGUUUUUCAGCCUAUUUAUUAGUUAUUACAAACAAACAGACAAACAAACAAAUUACUUUCUGUUUUAUGACAGAUAUGGUUUAUUGACUGGAUAUUAUGUAAGAAACAAAUGUUUAUUCUUUCCAUAUCUUAACAGAAUGUUAUAUUCUUCUAAACUAAUAUUAUGAACAGGAGAUUUGAUUUUGUCUGUUACGAUUUAACUCAAAAACUACUCACCUGAUUGUAAAAAAAACUUUACCAUUAGAAAGCUAUGUCUUCACCGAGUAACACAGGCUAUUUUUUUUUUUUUUUUUUUUUUUUUUUUUUUUUUUUUUUUUUUUUUUUUUUUAUUUAAAGAAUAUUUGCCAUAUUUUUUAUAAUAUGACCAAUAUUCCCAUUCCCCUCCAACUAGUCGGGAAAGACUGUGCUAGGAGUGGGUACGACAAUAGAUCAACGGGGCGGGGAUCGAACCACCACCCUUCGGUGAUGAGUCCGACCGCUCUUACCGUUGAGCUAUUGAGGCUGUAAAUUUUUCCCCCGUAUUUUAUCCCCGUAGGAAUAGGAAUAGGAAUGAAUUUUAUCCCCGUAUUCCCAUGGAAACGAGGACUAUGUACAUGAAACCACAGGACGUUUGCUAGUAUUGAUAUAAAUUAGUAAUCACACCACAAAAUUUUAUUCACAUAUUCAUAUUGAAGCACGAACAAAUAAAUAAAGCAUCGAUCUCCUAUUAAAAAGUGGAUGCACAAUCAGCGACAAAAAAACGUCCACACUCAAUGAGUGCCAAACACAACUUCUUGGCACUCAUUUCAAGCAGUUGCAUUUGCAAAUUCAACCUUAAACUCAAUCCAAAAGGUUGAAUCUGCUCUGAAUUUUGAGAUUUUAUUGAAUAUUGGACAAUAUUUAAAGGCCUUUAGGUAUAAUUUUCUUUACCAAUAUUUCUAAAACUGUCAAAGCAAAAUUGGCCAGAUUUUAAGUGAAAGUUUCAUGAUUGUGCGUCCUUUUAUUAUGAGAAGUGAAUGCCAAAAAGUGACAAAUACAUAUAUGCUUUUUUGUUUAUUACAUGUAUUUGGGUAAGAGUUGUUUUAUGUCGGCGGCCAUGAUGAGUAUUUUGUAAUUUUGUUUAUUGAAUCUCUUUUGCAAUGAACACUUGUUAAAAUAACACUUUAUUACAUUUUUUUUGUAUAAUUAGUUAAGUUUUUAUUUUUAUAGUUAAGUGAACCACAGCUUUAGAAUUAAAGUCGCCUAAUCGUUCUUUUAAUCAAAUAUAAAUUUAUUUUUAUAAUUUUAAGUUUUUUUUAUUGAUUUUAAUUGAACUUGCUGUGUUUUACAAAUCAAGUCUGAAUCCUUAAAGUGACUUUACUUUAUUUCCGAUUUUGGUGUAUGGUGGCGAUAUGAUGAAUAUCAAAUUUCAGUAUACUAAUGCAUGAUGAAUAUUAAAUUAUUCAGUAUUCUAAUGCAUCCUGAUUUGAGAUAGCCCUAAUGAACACAGCUAAAUACACUCGGUAUGUUAGUUCUGUUAUAUUAUAGUAUUAUACAGGGUGGUAUUUUUUUAAUUAUUUUUCCUUAAAGAAUAUAAUCCUAGAGUUAUGGUAAACACUCCCGAGCACCCUGUAUACCUACGAGUACAUAGUACAUAUUUUGUAUUGGUACAUUUAAAUGAAAAUAUAUUGUGCAUUUAUGUUCGAUUUUUAUUUUUGAAAUUGUGAAUAUUUCAGGCAUUAGUCCAUUGGGGAAUAUUUUUUAUUUACAUUAUGGUAUAUAAAUAUUUGAAUUUAUGCCGAUUUGCAUUUAAAUCUAAAUUAAACGUGACGUCACUUCUAUUAUUAUUUGAUAAAUACAUUUUCAACUUUUUCUAGUUGAAAAUUUUUUUUUUCUUUUUCUUCAUUGAAUCUGAACUUCUUACUACACACAUAAAAUCAAAAAAGCAAUUUUGAUAAUUUAUAAAAAAAUAACUGAAUUUUCACCUAUACAUGCAGUUUGUCAAUUUUUUAUUUUCAAUUUCAAGAUAUGUUUUUUUUUAUGUAAGUACUUGAUAACUACAAAUUCUCAUUACAGAUGUAUUAAUUUUGAAGUUUUUGGACUACAAAUUCAGCACAUUGUAUGAUACAACGUAAGAGUAGCGUGGUACGCCCAGAGGUUUUCUAUUGUGUUCAUGUUACUGUAAAUAAAUAUUAGGUUAUAAUUACAUUAUGUAUAAGGAGUUUAAAGUUACGAAAAUAAAGUAUUUGUCUAUUAUAAA